AUGCGGAACGGAGAGAGUUUGGCUUGGAUGCCAGUCGGUUGGCACCUUGUUCCGGGUUACGAUCGCGACAAAGGGCUCUCGUUCAGUCAUUUACCUCGUCGUCGUCUCUCUGCCCCGAGGCUGCUGCUGCUCCCCGCCAGUUGCUCUAGCUCCGCCCCCAAGAGAGAGCUCGAGGUACUCGGCUCCUCGGUUCAAGACACACGGAAAAAUGCUGCGCCACGCCAGCCACUUUCUUCUUCUUCUGCUUCUUCCCGUUUUCCUAUCUUCAUCAAAACUGCUUUAAUUCCCGACGCGAACCGAGAAAGGAAAGGCGAGACGGGGCCGACGCUAUUAAAGGAGCAUGCGGUGACGCCAAUUCGCGUCACGCAACGCGCGCGCCUUGGGAGACGUUGACAAUUCGGAAUACUGGCUGUGCUGGAAGUAAUGUUGGCGUUCUUUUCCUGUUCUAAUUUCGAUUUUUCCCCGUUCCCUCUAUUUCUCUCCAUUUUUUGUAUUUUCUUGUACCUCUAUUCCGUCUUUUCUCUCUUUCUUUCGUUUUCCCUCACUAUUUGCUCGAAUUUUUUGAAUUUCAAAUACGAGACACCUUGUUUUUCGAGUUCCACAUGCAAAAAACAAUUGAAUUUCCGCGUUUCUUCUACUUUUUUUCGAUUGAAGUUGUGUUAUUUUUCGAAUUUUUAUAUUUUUAGGGACUGUGGUAAUAUAUCCACUUGGGUACAGCCGUCGUCGUCAUGGAGGACGCGCAUUCCAGGUCGGCAGAGGAAGUUUGUCAAUCCUUAUAUUUUUUGAAAGGUAUAUGACUUAUUAAGGUCUGCAAAUUUUUCGGAACGGGUCCGGAGGGUCUGUCCGAAGAUCAGGUUAUCACUCUUCGCAAGAAGCACGGAGAAAACGGUUUGUGAUGCUUUUUUCUCAAGGAAAAUGGCACUUGGAAUUGAUUUUUAUGGAUUGUUUUGAACGCUUGUAGAAAUCUUGGAAAUAUUUGUCACAUGAUUAUUUUUAAUUGGAAUUGAUUUAUUUUUUAGAAUGUUAGUUGAAUAGUUUUUGUGAAUUUCAUCAAGAUUUCUAGUUUUUUCGCAAGAAUUUCAUAACUUUUCGAAAUAUUUCUAUUUCUUCGAACAUGGUAACAGUUACAGUACCUUCUAGGGAUCACUUAAGAGUACUGUAGCAUUAGAAACGCUCGGAGCGCGUCAACAAAAUUUGAAAAUUUUUUAACUGAGUUUUCCAAAAGCUUCCUUGAAAGUUUCGUAUAGUGUUCAAAAAUAUCUCUCCAAAGAUCUCAAAUGAAUAGAAUUAUUACGAGAAAUGACGAAAUGUGCGCGAAUCGCCUGCCAUGAAAUGAAGAAAUUACACAAAAAUCUCGGCUCGAUUUUUCCGUUUGCCUCCGGUUUUUCCCUGGGCCCCGCUGUCGCUCUUCGGCUCAACUCGGGCCCAAACUGCGAAAGCCGACAUUUGCUCCAUGUCCCCGGGCAUAUCAUUUUUCUCCUCACUUCACACUGUUCAGCCGCCUCACUUUCAUCGAUCUUGCCCCACGGCGAUAGAUAGAAAUGAAAAAGAAAAAAAGUUAUAGGGGGACACUGGAGCAUAAAACGAAUAGAAAAAAACGAUUAAAAUAUCAUAAAAUCGAGCUUGUGAGAAUAUUUUGAAUCAAUGAAGCCUACUUUUAUUCGAAUUUGGUUUGGAAAUUUUUUUUUAGCUUCCAGAGGCAAAAGGAAAAAGUUAAUGGGAGAUUGGAAUAUAAAAAAACCGGAGAAAAAAAUAUUUUUUUGAUUUAAUAAAAUUGAGUUCGUGAGAGUAGUUUUGAUCAAAAAAAGCUUACUUUUUACUUGAAAAUGAAUUUUUUUCCCAUCUUUUCAAGUCGGACUAGAAAAAGUUGAGGGAAACGGAAAUAUAAAAUUGGAGAAAUUGGAAAUUUACAAUCAAAUAAAACCAGUUUUCGAAGAACUAUGCAUCUCAACCCCUCCUCCCCCCUUUUAAAUAGAUUGGAAUGAAGUUUAGUCGAAUUUUUUUCUCUUCUUCACUAAGAAAUAUUUUCCAGAACUCCCCGCCGAAGAAGGUAAAUCAAUAUGGGAGCUGAUUUUGGAGCAAUUCGACGAUCUUCUCGUCAAGAUUCUCCUCCUCGCCGCUAUUAUUUCCUUUGUGAGCAGUUUUUUCAGAGUUCAUAACGUAGAAAAUUGAAAAAAAAUCUUUUCCAUGUGAUCACAAAGCGUUAAAAUGAACUACUCACAAGUUUUUUUAAAAAGCAUCAUAGCGAGUAGACGAGAUAAAUCAGGUAAAUUAAAUAUAUUACUCGAUAGAAGACGAGAUGCGAAAAAAACUGAUUAGAUUAAUCAGCCGAGCUUUAUGAUAAUUAAUUAGUUGAUUAGGAGAUAAUUGAGCUCUUGUUCUUUGAAAACGGUGAAUUACUUGCAAAAUAUGGAUUUUCGAGAACCUUUGAAGAUUUUUUUGAAGUUUUUUUCCGAUAAAGGAAAAAAAUUUAGAAAAAAAUAUUUGAUUUCGGUUUCAGAAACUUCAUUUUUUUGGAAUAAUUGUUGGAAAUUUUAUCUUUUAGUAAUUCGCGAAAGGUUUCUAAAAAAAUUUGCCGCUUUGGAAGAUUCUCUGUAGUUUGAUUUUAGAAGAAUUGCAUUAUUUUUUUCUAAAACGGAAGCAAAAUGAACACUGAUGAUUUUAAUAAUUGAAAAAUGACUAAUCAGAGCUGCCGACCGGGCGCUCCGGGUAGUCCCGCGGUUUGAAGCAGACUCCUCGGGGCGACCCGAAAAAUUUGAAACUCUGAAAAUUAAUGAAAAAAAGCUGUUGAAUAAGAAAAAAUGCCUUUUUAGACAACGCAAUUCAUCAGCUCCUCUGAGAGUUAUAAACAAUUUUUCCAGGUAUUGGCCUUGUUCGAAGAGCACGAAGACCAGACGGAAGCCGUGACGGCCUUCGUCGAACCUUUUGUCAUUCUUCUUAUUUUGAUCGCCAACGCCACCGUCGGAGUCUGGCAGGUGCAGAUCUUUCUUCUUUCUUUCCUUCUUUUUGCUCUUGGAAGACGAUUUUCCUGUGGUUUAACCGAACAUUCGGGACGCCUCCCGUUUAUGUUGUAAGAAUUUGUUGCUUCCUCCCCAUCUCUCUGCCCCGCGGCUCUCGUUUUUCCGCCCCAAAAAAUCUUCCUCCUCUCCUCUUCCAUGCUAUCGUGUGUUCUUCGCACUGACACGGGCGGUGUCGAUUUGAGCGGAUCAUGGGGUGAUUUGGGGAGCGUUGAGGAAGAGAAAGGGUUGUUUCUUGGAAUAUAAGGAAAUUUGAAAGCAGCAGAGGCUGGAGAGGAUGAAGAUAGAGGAUCAGAAAAAGACGAUUUAAAAUUAAAAACUAUGAGUUUUUGAAAAUCAACCGUUUUAUGAAGAAAAAAACUGAUUUUGAUUGAGAAUGUAGGAUUAUCGAAUUUUGCUUGGAAAGGUUGAAAUGUUCAAUUAUGACAAAAGGAAGAUGUAGAAGUAAAAUCUCACUUUAAGUUUGAUUAUUUCAGUCUUUUUUUAAGAGGAAGAAGUUCUAGAACGACUAAAAGAAUAAAAAUGAAAAUUAGGUUUAAAACCUAUCAUAUUUAAAGAGGUACCUAGAAAAGAACCCCGAAAUUUAAGCAAGUUUUUUUUGAGAUGAAUUAAUGUCUUUUUCGGUUCUUCUCACCCUAAGUUUGAAUUUUCCAGGAAAGAAAUGCCGAAUCCGCUAUUGAAGCCCUCAAGGAAUACGAACCGGAAAUGGCCAAGGUCGUCCGAUCUGGCGGCCACGGUAUCCAGAUGGUCAGAGCCAAGGAGCUCGUUCCUGGAGAUCUCGUCGAAGUUUCAGGUACGAACUGAAAGAAGGCGAAAAAUGACGAUUUCCCAUGACUUUUUUCAUUUAGUUUGUAUAGAAAAUGGCUGACGGAUUCAAAAAAUUUACUAACGCGAUUUUGAAAGUUUCAGCUUGAACUGAAACGAGUUGAGCCAUUCCAAAUGCGGCCAGAAUCAUUAGAGUAAACGCAAAAAAGCUUGAAAAGGAAAAAAAAAAGCUAAUAUUCGUCUAUUUUUGAGUUGAGACAUUCCAAAUGCGACCAGAAUCAUUCAAGAAACCGGAAAAAAAAAAACCGAUAUUCGUCUGAUUUGGGUUUAGCCAUUCCAAAUACGGCCAUAAUCAUUCAUGCAAACGCUAGAAAGCCAAAUAAGGUCGAAAAAAAACCGAUAUUUUUCUAUUUCGACUAGGAGGGUUACUGUAUGAAUAGCAUCCUCUAGAAGCUUCCCAAGGAAUCUUAAAAAUGAAGUUCAAAGCUUCCUUUUCUCAAUUUUUACAUUUUUUUUUUCAUAAAUCAUCCGUAUUCCCAACGCAAAAGCUGAUUGCAGUCGGUGACAAGAUCCCGGCCGAUCUCCGCCUCGUCAAGAUCUACUCGACCACCAUCCGAAUCGAUCAGUCCAUCCUGACCGGAGAAUCCGUCUCCGUCAUCAAGCACACCGAUUCGGUUCCCGACAAACGCGCGGUCAACCAGGACAAGAAGAAUUGUCUCUUCUCCGGAACCAAUGUCGCCUCUGGAAAGGUGGGAUCAUCAUCUUGAAAAAAAUCUUUUCUAAAGCUCAUAAAGAUCAAGAAAAAUACUGUACUUUUUAGGCCCGCGGUAUCGUCUUCGGAACUGGAUUGAACACGGAAAUCGGUAAAAUCCGCACGGAAAUGGCUGAGACCGAGACCGAGAAGACGCCCCUUCAGCAGAAGCUCGACGAGUUCGGAGAGCAGCUCUCCAAGGUAACGCCUUUAAAAAACGAACAGAAAAGGAAAGUUUUCCAGGGGUUUGCGGUUUCAAAUUGGUUUUUAAUAGCUCAGUUAACAUUAGAUAAACGAUGCAACUAACCAAAUUUUUUCUUUUCGAAAGCUGUCUAGCUGAUCCUGAUCUGUAUUGAUUUUGACGAUUUAUUGAGUUUCCUGAACUUUUUGAAAGGUCUUCUAGAAAGUUGGAAUUUCGGAGCUAAAAUUUGCUUUUUCUCUACAAUUAGAAGAUUUUGAAGGCUCUAGAAACCAUAAAUCUAACUUUAGGAAACAAAAAAGAACAAAAUUUGAAUUCGAGCGAUUUUUAAGUCCCUGACAGCCUUGAAAGACAUGAAAAACGCCAAACGAACUCGAAAAAAUAAAAAAUUCCCUCCAGGUCAUCUCGAUCAUCUGCGUCGCCGUCUGGGCCAUCAACAUCGGACACUUCAACGACCCAGCCCACGGUGGAUCCUGGGUCAAGGGAGCCAUCUACUACUUCAAAAUCGCCGUCGCUCUUGCCGUCGCCGCCAUCCCAGAAGGUCUCCCCGCCGUCAUCACCACCUGUCUCGCCCUCGGAACCCGCAGAAUGGCCAAGAAGAACGCCAUCGUCCGAUCUCUGCCCUCCGUCGAGACCCUCGGUUGCACUUCUGUCAUCUGCUCCGAUAAGGUCUCCGCCUCAAAAAUGAUCCGAAAAUAAUCGUCUCCUUCCAGACCGGUACCUUGACCACCAACCAGAUGUCCGUCUCGAAGAUGUUCAUCGCCGAAUCCGCCUCCGGCGACAACAUCGUCUUCAACGAGUUCACCAUCUCCGGAUCGACCUACGAGCCCGUCGGAAAGAUCUUCCACAACAACCGCGAGGUCAGCAAAAUGGACAUGAUUGAGGAAAUUAGUAGAGGAUUAGAUUUGAUCUUACAAAAAAAUUGUUUUUUUCGUAGUUUGGAUCAUUUGAAGCGAAAAAGAUGGCUCAAAAAAAUCCAUUGAAUUUUUUUAUUUUCAUAGUUUUUUUGGACUUUAAAAAAAGUUAGAGUAUGAAUAUUUGAAAAAAAUAUUGAAUUUUAGUCCCCUCAAACGUAUAAAAAAAUUUUUUUUUAUGAAGAAAAAUCAAGUUUUUUUGGAAAUUUUUUUAUCAGUUUUUUUCUGAAGAAAUUAACAAUUUUUUUGAGAAAAAUUCAAAAAAAUAGAACUUCAAAAAAAUGCUAUAGAUUCAUGAACAUUAAUGAAAGCUUAUAGACAGUUAGAAAGAAUAUUUUCCAAUCAUUUUGCGAAAAAAAUUUUUACAUUUUUUUAAGACUUUUAUUUUUCAAAAAAAUCAGACAGUUUUGAAACUUUUGAAAAUAUUGCCGAAAAUUCGAAAAAAAAAACAGCGACUUGAUAAUUAUCCUUUUUUCCAGAUCAACCCAUCGGCCGGCGAAUACGAAGCCCUGACCGAGCUGGCGACGAUCUGCUCGAUGUGCAACGACUCGGCCGUCGACUACAACGAGACCAAGAAACAGUACGAGAAGGUCGGAGAGGCAACCGAGACGGCCCUCGUCGUCCUUGCCGAGAAGCUCAACGUCUACGGAACCCCCAAGUCCGGUCUUUCGCCCCGUGAACUCGGCGGAGUCGCCAACCGCGUCAUCCAGCAGAAAUGGACCAAGGUGAAUCGAAGGGGGUUAUGAAGGGAAAAUUGAUGAAAAGACGUGUUUGGUUCAGCUAUCUUUCUGAAAGAUUGAUUUAGGAAAUCUAGAGGGGGCUCUAUAGAGGCAAAAUUAAGGACCCUUGGAAGGUACUUCCUCAAAAUAGUCAGAUUUUAUUGAAGACUCUUGCCCAACAAAGGAGUUAUAAGAAUCCUAUCAACUUUAAAAUAACUCUGAACAAUCAAAGUCUUCAGGAAUUCACCCUGGAGUUCUCCCGUGACCGCAAAUCCAUGUCUUCGUACUGCUCACCAGCCAGCGGCGGAUCCGGCGCCAAAAUGUUCGUCAAGGGCGCUCCCGAAGGAGUCCUCGGCCGAUGCACCCACGUUCGCGUCAACGGACAGAAGGUUUCGGCCUUCUCCUAUUGAUUUUUUGAUUUUUUGAACUGAAAAAUUCUUCUUAUGAAUCUUCAACUUCAUUUCCAGCAAGCCUUCUUUUCCUUAUUUCAUUGAGCUUUAGAAUUAAAAAUGAAUCUUAGGAUUCAAAAUUUUCUGUCAGCUACCUUUUCAAUUGAGAUUUUGAGCCUACACCUGAUUUUUUGAGUCAUAGCUAGAGAGCACGGCAAAACGAGAGUGUGUACAGAGAAAAAAAAACCGCCGAUCUCUUAUUUUUCCAUGCUCUCUUUCUUCAGAAGAUUCAGUCGAAGACUUUAAUUUUUCAGCCUUUUUAACUUACAAAAAAAAAACGAAACUGAAACCGUUCAUUUUUUUUAUGAACCAAAUUAUCCAUGUCAAAAAGACCUUAGUUUAUUUCCUCCUUUUCAACUUUUAAGCUUUUUUCUCUCCAUUUUAAAUUUUCAGCCUUUUUUUCUUCAAUUGAUACAUUUUUUUUGCAGAUCCCGCUCACCUCCGCCAUGACCCAGAAGAUUGUCGACCAGUGCGUGCAGUACGGUACCGGACGCGACACUCUCCGUUGCCUGGCCCUCGGAACCAUCGACACGCCCAUCAACAAGAAGGACAUGAACCUCGAAGACUCGACCCUCUUCGCCAAGUACGAACGCGAGAUCACCUUCGUUGGUGUCGUCGGCAUGCUCGACCCCCCGAGAACCGAGGUUAUGGCCGCCAUCAAGGACUGCAACCACGCCGGAAUCCGCGUCAUCAUGAUCACCGGAGACAACAAGAACACCGCCGAGGCCAUCGGUCGCCGCAUCGGACUCUUCACCGAAGACGAGGACACCACCGGAAAGGCCUACACUGGCCGCGAGUUCGACGACCUCCCGCCUGAGCAGCAGUCCGAGGCCUGCCGUCGCGCCAAACUCUUCGCCCGUGUCGAGCCCAGCCACAAGUCCAAGAUCGUCGACAUCCUUCAGAGCCACGGAGAGGUGCGACCUUGAAAAAGAAGAAAAAUGGAGAAAAAAAACCCUAUCGGCUUGAAAGCUAUUGGAUUUUUAUAGAAAAAAACCUAGGAGACGAUAAUUUGAGAAGUUGAAAUGACGCAAAAAAUAAGUUUAGAAUUUCGAGCCUUGUUGAGUCCAACAAGUGCGCUCUAUGGAGAAAAACGACAAACUCAUUAAAGUCUACUUCUAGGCCCGUUUAACGUGAAUUGGAGGUGUCAGCGCAUUUAUAGUGACCACUUUAGUAGCUUCAGCGAUCUUAAGUGAUCCCUAGAGAGAAACUCAGAACCGUACUGUUUUCGUUAACGAGAUCCGAGUCAAAAUUCGAAAAAAAUUCUCCUAUUUAAUGAAUUUUUUCUUGAUAAUAAUCAAUAAAAUGUUCAUUUUCCAGAUCACUGCCAUGACUGGUGACGGUGUGAACGACGCCCCCGCCUUGAAGAAAUCUGAAAUCGGUAUCGCUAUGGGAUCCGGAACGGCCGUCGCCAAGUCUGCCUCCGAAAUGGUCUUGGCCGACGACAACUUCGCUUCCAUCGUCUCCGCCGUCGAGGAAGGCCGCGCCAUCUACAACAACAUGAAGCAGUUCAUCCGCUACCUGAUCUCGUCGAACGUCGGAGAAGUCGUCUCAAUUUUCAUGGUCGCCGCCCUCGGAAUCCCCGAAGCCCUGAUCCCCGUCCAGCUCCUCUGGGUCAACCUCGUCACUGACGGUCUCCCGGCCACCGCCCUCGGCUUCAACCCGCCCGAUCUCGACAUCAUGGACCGACCCCCGCGAUCUGCCAACGACGGCCUCAUUUCCGGAUGGCUCUUCUUCCGCUACUUGGCUGUCGGAAGUUUGUAUCCAGAAUCCUUAGGCGUGAACGUUUACGCAGCGUUGAUGAACUUCUGAAAAAAUCCUCUCUUUUCUUGCAUCAAUCAACAGUUUUAGCCUAUAACUAUACUUGGGCAGACCUUAACAGCUUCCUAACUUCCUUCUAAGUCUUCUUAGUACCCUAGCAAGCCGACUAAUCUCUCAGGACUUACAGAGCUUUUACUUGCCCACGUAUGCCCUGAUUUGCAUUUCCGGAAAAAUUCCAUAAUUUACCGCUCAUUUACGCUGCUUAAAAGUUCAUACAAACGGCCUCAGACGAGAUUCGUGUUUCUAGUUGACUUGUUCAGCCUACGUCGGAGUUGCCACCGUCGGAGCCUCCAUGUGGUGGUUCUUGCUCUACGAGGAGGGACCUCAGAUCACCUACUACCAGCUCACUCACUGGAUGAGAUGCGAGGUGAUUGGGGAGAUAUUUUUUUUAAGCUUUUACCAUACUCAUCUUGCGGAUAAGGGUCUAGAAAGCCUCAGUGUAAUUUUGGCUCUGAUUGGGAAUUUUAAAGUUGAAAAAAGUUCUCUUCAAUAAUUACUUUUCUAGAUUGAAACCGAGAACUUUGCCGAUUUGGACUGCGCCGUCUUCGAAGACAACCAUCCCAACGCCAUGGCUCUCUCCGUCCUGGUCACCAUCGAGAUGCUCAACGCCAUCAACUCGUACGAACAUCCCUCAGCAUUCCUCAGAAUAGCCCCAAUUUUCUAGCCUUUCUGAGAACCAGUCCCUGUUGGUGAUGCCCCCAUGGAAGAACAUCUGGCUCCUGGCCGCCAUCACCCUCUCGAUGUCCCUUCACUUCGUCAUCCUCUACGUCGACAUCAUGGCCACCAUCUUCCAGGUCAGAUAUUCUUUACUUUUGGGAUUAGGACCGAAAUAUGGUCAUUGUGUCGUUUUUGGAAGCCUGGGGAUUAGAACUUUCCAGAAAUUUGAGCUUUUUAAAAUUAGAUCCCGAAAAAUCGAACUAGGACCUGUUUGAUCGUUAGUAAUCAGUACUGUCAACUGAGAAUUCAACAAAACUUUCAGAAAUAUUUUUUUUAGAUUUUUAAAGACACAACACAAGAAUAUUCUCAAUGAUUUUCAGACGGAUUCAGUUUAGUUUACUUCGAUGUUUAAAUUUACUCUGUGAAUUGAUUUAUCUUUCAAACUUGGGUUUUUAAAAAUUCCCUGAAACAGGAAAGCAAGAUUUUGAAUGCCAAGCGAAAUGACGUCAUUAUAUUACUCUCGCUCUUCCUUUGAUUGGCUUAUCUCGGAACGAGGGACAGAAAUUUGUGGGACUUUUCACCAUUAGAGUCGAUCCAAUAGAGUUUCUUGAAAACGCCUGAAAAUCGUAUUCAGAUCACUCCACUUGGCUGGGCCGAAUGGAUCGCUGUCCUGAAGAUCUCGUUGCCGGUGUUGCUGCUUGACGAGAUCCUGAAGUUCAUCGCCCGAAACUACAUCGACGGUAAGCCUGAAACGACGGGCGCGAAAGUGAGAGCCGCGCUGAGUCUGGCCGGCCUCGGGGCCCUCUGGGUGGCCUACUUCGCCUGGAUGCUCGGCCCGUACUCCGAGAAGAUCCAGCACGCCUUGAUGGGUCCCCUUGUUGAUCCCUCGCAGAUCGUCGUCACCACGACGUCGGAUGCCUUGCGAAACGAGUUAUGAGAGUGAUUAAUAUUCGAUUGAUACUGAUUGCAUUCGUUUUUCUAAUUUUAUUUAUAACAUCUUACGUGUGUGACUUUCAUCAAAAAAGUAUGAAAGAUGAUUAUUUGGAUGGGCAGCUGUUGAUAAAUGUUCAAAAUUGAGCUCUUUUUGAAGAUUUUUUUUUCGCAAAAAUUGAUUUUGCUACCUUUUCGGUUCAUUUUUAGCUAUGUCAAAGAAAGCCGACAAGUUAGGCACAUUUGCGCUCCAUGGAGAAUGUUUUGUACCGUUUUUGACUUUGUAAUCUAAAAAAACUGAGAAAAUUUCCUAGUUUUUUUUUGCUCAAUCGAACAAAAACCUUUUUAAGAACUAAAUAUGAAAAAAAAAGAUUUCCCUGUCUUUUUUCAACUCAAAAAAUAGCCGCCAAAGUUAAGCACACGUGCGCUCCAUGGAGAAAUGAAUUUUUUACCAUUUUUCCUCCAAUCAACAGCUGUCAGUUCAGCUACCAGACAUUAGUAUUGAAUCCUACUCAACUCUCUCUCUCAUUCUCUCCCCACCUCUGUGGUUCGUUUGGGUGUUCUGAUCUGUGUGCUUUCUGCUCCUCUCGAUGUUCCUGGCUGCAAUUCCUCGUGUAUUCGUGGUCUCCAACGGGACCAAAAUCAUUCUUCUACUUGUAGGCGUCCCCCCUUAUUUAUUCCUUUUCCUCCCAAUCGAUUUAAUGGCAUCUUUUCCCUUCCAAGUGUGUGAUUUGAUAUGUCUUUGCGCAAGUGUUCGAGCUUCACACAAAUUCCUCGUUCUUGUCAAUCGACCUGUUGCCAAAAACGUAUUUAUCCAUCUUUUAUUCGUUCACACAUGUAAGAAUGUUACGGUCACGUACUACGUCGCAUUAUGAUAAUAAUAAUAUUUAUUAUUUAUUCCUACUUUUUAUUUGUGGUUUCUCACAAGCCUUUCCAUAUUUUUUUCGCUUCUUCUCCUCUCCAAAUGUUUAUUGAUUUACCCACUUUAUUUUUUUCUCUGUUCUUGUUUGUCUAAUAAGUGAUAAAGUCGUGUCUUAUUUGAUUGAACCGAUUUAUUCAUAGAAAUUGUAACUAUAACCGCAUGGGCUAACUCUACCUGAAAGUUUAUUAAUAGCAAGAGAAUGAGUGUGAUUUUUUGGGGCACGGUAAGUUUGGGCAGUUUUAAAGGAUUUUAGUGUUUCAUAAAUCAUUGAAAAGAAAGAUUUUCUAGUUUGACGGGGUUUUAAAGAGCACUUUUUAGAGAAAAAAAUCUAUUUUUUUUUAAAUUUAUCUUUAGAGCGUACUUUCGAGUUUCGAAACAGCAUAUUUCGAAUUGAAAUUCUUUGCUCAUUUCAAGAAAAAUUUUGGAAAGAAAAAAAUUUAUAUUUUAUACUCAAAAUAUCACUAAACUGGUCCCUUGAGGGAAGCUACAACUACCUCUCUAGGGACCACUCUGGCGUCCCUAAAAUGGGAAAAGUUGUCACUUUUUGUGAGGAACUGUGCACAGUCACUACACUAUAACAGAAGCCUAAAAUAAUUCGGUUUUUGAACAAUUCGAUUAAAAAAAGACACAGCACCCUUACACGGUUCUCGAAUUUGCAGUGGAGCCGGUGGAGAAGAAGAGCAAACGCGACUAA